AUGGUUAAGAUCAUGUCAAAAUUACCAAAAAACAGAUCAAGAUUCGCUGAUAUAAAACGUGAUUUAAUAGAAACUCAAUUCAAAGCUCCUCUGGCAAAACAAGUGCCUCCUUCUCCAAAACCAAUUGGUCAAGAACAUUUAUCUGCCUGUGGCCAACCCGAAAAAGAUUCUAAACUGCCUUCUACAAGCUUUGCCCAACCAGGUCAAAAAAUGGUCAAUCUUUUCACAUCUAAACAAUCACAACCGGGGAUACCUCAACCAGGUAACGUGUAAAUUUUUAUAUUUUCAAAGGGUUUCUUAGAACGACAGCGCAUAAUCCAGAAAAGAAUAGUUUUGGAAGAGACAAACAUACAUAAUCUGUAGUUUGAUC